CACUUCCUCCGUCAGUUUCGCCUAUCGGUUCAGCGGGCUAGUGAGCUAGUAGCCAGCUAGUUGCUACUAUGAUCGCGUAAUGGUUUCUAGCAUUAGGAGAGCGAAUCUAAAAUGAACACGAGGCGGUUUACGUCUGACUGAGCCUUCUUCAACAACUCACCAGUCUCGAAUCCAACAAAGUCUGAACAGUGAGUCGCCUGGACUACAGUGAGUCACCACUCGAACCAUGGCGAGUGCAGCAAGUACCAACCUGAACGCAGUCCGGGACACGAUGGACGUGCUGCUGGAGAUCUCCCGGCUGCUGAACACCGGGCUGGACCUGGAGUCCCUGUCCAUCUGCGUGAGGCUGUGCGAGCAGGGGAUCAACCCCGAGGCCCUGUCCGCGGUCAUCAGAGAGCUCCGGAAGGCGUCCGAGUCCCUCAAGGCUUCUGAAAACUGCACAAACUGAAGGUGAGAAAUGGAUGACCCCAUACUGUACUUACCGUGGCCUCUACAACCAAUCAGAUGGCUGCGUCAUGUCUGAGUUCAUGUUGAGGAGGGCGCCUCGGUCUUCGUCUCCCAGCACGAGGACACACUCGGCCUUUCUGCCUCAAAUUUAGUCUUGUUCCAAGUUUCUUCUACCACUAUUUGUAAAGUAUGAGUUCAUUGGCCUUCUUUCUUAAUUUAAAGAGCAUCAUUGUCAUUUCUGAACUUUUGUCCCAAUUUUCAUGAGUAAAUGUCAUUUUAUUAUUUAUUUUUAUUCCAAUCAUUUAAGAAUAUUUUAAUUUUGGGCGAACACAAAGCAUUUUCCAACUUCAUCCUUUUCUGUUGUCCAGGCAAACAUCAAUGAGAAAUAAAAAUGUUGCAGUCAACAGCCA